AUGCAUCUUCUCUCCGAACCAGACGUCUCUCGCAUUCUGAGAAACCUAACUCCACAACAAUGCCACAUCUUACUCGACGCUCUGAGCGAAGCCCUGAUAACCGUCUCAUCAGAGACCACAAAACCAGAAGGGGAGCGUUUCAUCCACCAACCUCUCCGCACCACCAUCACCACCAAAGACCAGAACCUAUCGCUCUUCAUGCCCGUCUCCAACACAGCCAGCACAGGCAUCAAGAUCGUCACAGCCUCCCAGCGCGAAGGCAUCAUCGGCGUGAUCAACAUCUUCUCGCCAGAGGGCCGGCUCCUCGGCCUCCUCAGCGCCGCAGAAAUCACAGCCUUUCGCACAGCCCUCGCAAUCAUGACGCUGUUUACGCGCUGCACUUCUAUCGCUAAGAAACACAUCUUGAUUUUCGGCUCGGGACGCCAAGCAGAGUGGCACGCUCGGCUGGCGCUGCUGCUUGUCCCAAGCCUGGUGCAGCGAAUCACCUUCAUUAACCGGGGUCGCAGGCGGCUGGAGGAGCUGGAGAGGGAGGUUAUCGCGGAGCUGAGAGCUUCUCAUCCGGAGGUCGUGUUCGCUACGCUGGCUAGAGAGGGGUCUGAUGAUGCGGAGUAUGAGGCGCGGCUGCGCGCGGAGGUCGCCUCGUGCGAUGUCAUUUUUAGCUGUACGCCGUCUACGGAGCCGAACUUUCCAUAUGGGUAUCUUUCGUCUACGUCUGGGCCUAAGCAGCGGUUUAUUUCGCUGAUUGGGUCGUACAAGCCUCAUAUGUGUGAGGUUGACUCCGAGACGGUGCUCUCGGGUGGUGGACAGAUCUACGUUGAUUCUCGGGAGGCUUGUCUGGAGGAAUCUGGGGAGCUGAUCAAGGCACAGGUACCAGGGGAGCAGUUGAUUGAGAUUGGGGAGUUGUUUGGGGAGUUGGGCAAGUCGCAGCCGGUUGUGGUGCCGGAGGGGUGUAAUGUGGUUUUCAAGUGCGUGGGGAUGGGGAUCAUGGAUUUGGUGAUUGGGAAGAAGCUGUUGGAUAUUGGUGUCGAGCAGGGACUGGGGAUGAAUGUGGAUGGUUUCUGA